AUGAAAAAAGUACUUUUGAUUUUUUAUUGGUUAUUAAUUAACAAUUUAUUCAAUGCUAUUGAAUCUAGUGAAAGUGAUAUUAAAAACGGCUUAAAAGAUAGUAAUCUUAAUAGUCUAAAUUCAGACUUAAAUAAAUCCUUAGGCAUGGAUUCUGAAACAUAUAAUUCAAAUUAUCUAGAGCAUAAUAAGAAUACUGGAUUACUAAAAAUGAAUAUUUUAGUUAUGGUGUUUGUAUCAGUAAUUGGAACAAUACUUUUAAUGGGUAUUCUAGUUUUUGCAGUUUAUUUUAUGUAUAUUCAAAAAAUUAUAACAUUUGACGAUAAAAAAAAUGAUAUUGAAGAAGAUCCAAUUAAUAUAGAAGAAGAUGGUCUUAACAAUGUUAUUAUAUCCUCGGAAGAAAAUGGUAAUAAUAAUGUUAUUAUAUCUUCGGAAGAAAAUGAUAAUAAUAAAGUUACUAAAUCGUUAGAAAAAAAAUGCUCUGAUAAAAAUACUAGAUCUUUAGAAAAAAAUGAAAUUAAUAAAACUAAUAAAACUUCAGAAAAAAAUAGAAUUAAUAGAACUAAUAAAACUUUAGAAAAAAAUAGAAUUAAUAAAACUACUAAAACAUCAGAAAAAAAUAGAAUUAAUAAAACUACUAAAACAUCGGAAAAAAAUAGAAUUAAUAAAACUACUAAAACUUCAGAAAAAAAUAACAUUCACAAAAAAAAUAAAUCUUCAGAAAAGAAUGCUUUUAACAAAGCUACUAAAACUUUUGAAAAAAAUAUUAUAAAAAAAUUUUUUGAAUCUUCAGAAGAAGAAUAG